AUGAUAUUUGGAAAUGAGUUGAAUAUAAUUUUGAAAGUUCUCCUUAUGGUGAUAAUAAGUACCCUUCCAAUUGAUGCAAGAGGCAUAGACAGGUCUUUAUUAGAAAAAUUCACAACUGGGAGGUCAGAACAGGAGCUUCAUAAUCAGCUACUUAAUCCAAUACUAGAAUCUGCCCAAGAGUUAGCGCUUAGGACCUUCUAUUGUGAGGGGGACAAUUUUACGAAGACAUUUGUAAGAUUGAAAGCGCUUGAGCUUACAACGACUCCAGCAGACAUGAAGAAGUUGCUAUCUAUGGGCUCAAGAAUGCCUCAGAAGUUUAAGCGCAACACACGAGUACCAGAGAAUUAUCCCUAUAGCUGGGAGGAAGCAAUGUCAUUUUCAAUCAUUGCCGCAGCUGAAGAAGCGACAAUAGCUGACAUGAUUGCUCGGGAGAUGUGUGGGGAAGAGUUCUCUGCCUCUGAAAUGAAUGAAGCUGAUAUGAAACUCCUAGAACGUCCAUUUAUUGACGUUGCUAAUGCCUAUGUGGAGGCUAUCAAAGCACUAAGACAAACGUUUAAUCAACCUGGAAACGUUAACGUUGAAGUAUUUAGAGACUGGUUAAACGAUUGGUUCGUCCAAUCACCUUUAAUGUUUCGCCAGGCGUUAUAUCAGGUAAGACAAUCUGCUGUGCGAAUGGCCAGUGAUCGAAAAUAUCGGCGGUAUUACAUGAACAGAAUAAUGACAGGUAUUUGGUUCUAUGUGGAUAUUACUAUAGCAGCUCAAAAACUCUUUGGGGAAUACCGCACGGGAUUUGACGAUGUGUACCCAGAGAUGUAUGAUAAGUUUUUGCAUAGUAUGAAUAGCACUUUCAUUGAGGAUUUUAACAGCUUCUAUCAUCGCCCAAGUUUUAUGUUAGAAUCACCAACGGACGGUCCACCAGGCAAUGUCACAAACAGAAUGCUUGAAUACUCUUUCCGCGGAGUUUUUGCUUUGAGAGAGCCAAUGAGAACUUGCUUUCUUGGGGUCAUAUUUUCCUCAAUGCAUGACUCGUGUUUUAGGUCAAUUGUGAACACUGGUCUGCAAGAGAUGAUUCUAGUUUAUAAACUAAUUACGAUGUACUUGUCGAUGAAGAGUGCACAAGGACAGUGA